ACUAACCACAUCUUCACAACAACAUAGAACAUCAUAGACCAACUAAACUACUAGAAAAAUAAAAUCUUUUGUGAUGAGACACCUCCAGGAUCAUAAACCUUGGUUUCUGCUAGUUCUUGUAAUAACCUCUUCUUUAGUUCAGUUAUCAUGUUCCAAGAAUCAGAAUGUUCUGGACAGAGGAGCUUCUCUGUCAGUUAAAGAUGCUGACUCAAACAGCCUCAUUUCUCCAGAUGGUUCAUUCAGCUGUGGCUUCUAUGGAGUUGGAACUAAUGCAUACUGGUUUUCAAUUUGGUUCACUGAUUCUAGAGAAAAGACCAUUGUUUGGAUGGCGAAUCGCGAUAAGCCUGUCAAUGCAAGAGGCUCAGAGCUGGCCUUAAAGAAGAAUGGUGUCAUGGUUUUGAAAGAUGUUGAUGGGACUAAUGUUUGGGAGAGUAAUUCAACUUCUAGUGGAGCUGUGAAAGCUGAGAUUCUUGAUACAGGUAAUCUUGUGUUAAGAGAUCAUAGAGGUUUUAUUGUUUGGCAGAGUUUUGAUUAUCCUACUGAUACUUUGUUGCCAUCUCAGUCCUUAACUAAGGGUAAAAAGUUGGUAUCUUCGUUGAAAAAAGGAGGGUUUGCCACAGGGUAUUAUAAUUUGUAUUUUGAUAGUGAUAAUGUGUUGAGGUUAUUGUAUGAUGGACCUGAGAUUACUAGUUUGUAUUGGCCUAAUCCUUCUUUUGAUGUGUUCCAAAAUGGUAGAACAAAGUAUAAUAGUAGCAGAAUUGCUGAAUUAGACAAUAUGGGGCGGUUUCUGUCAAGUGAUCAGUUCCAGUUUAAUGCUUCUGAUGCUGGAAGUGGGAUAAAGCGGAGGCUAACAAUGGAUUAUGAUGGAAAUCUUAGGCUUUAUAGUUUGGAUAAUUUGACGAAAGUGUGGAACAUAACGUGGGAAGCUAUGGCACAAAUGUGUAAUGUUCAUGGACUCUGUGGAAGGAAUGGGAUAUGUACUUAUACUCCGUAUCCCAAAUGUUAUUGUCCUCCUGGUUACGAAAUAAGUGACCAGAGUGACUGGAAUAGUGGUUGCAAAGCAAAGUUUGAUCUUUCUAUUUGUUUGAAGCCGGAGGAGGUAAAGUUUUUAGAGGUCCCUUAUGUAGAUUACUACGGGUUUGAUCUUAAUUACACCAGAUCAGUUACGUUUAAAGAUUGUAGAAAACUCUGCCUCGAAGAUUGCAGGUGUUAUGCAUUCAGCUAUAGGCUAGCAGGGGAAGGAGUUUGCUUCACGAAAGGAGUUCUUUUUAAUGGUGUUCAGACCACUAGUUUUCCAGGAAAAAUAUAUUUGAAACUGCCUAAGAAUUUAACAUUAUCAGGUUCCGUGUUGCCCCUAGAAUCUGGCGCCAAUUGUAAAGCUUCUGAAGCUGAUGUUAAAGUGGGCACAGCUUCUAUGUAUGAUAUAGAAUUCAAAAAGGUGAAAUGGGCUUAUCUUUACUCGUUUGUAAGUACCAUUGGAGUCAUUGAGCUCUUGAUUUUGGCAUCAGGUUGGUGGUUCUUGUUUAGAAAAGAUGAUACACCGGCUAGAGUUGAAGAUGGGUAUCUGUUGAUAUCAAGUCAAUUUAGAGGAUUCACAUUUUCUGAACUGAAGAAGGCCACGAAAAAAUUCAAAGUGGAGUUGGGCCGUGGAGGAUCAGGGACAGUCUAUAAGGGCAUUUUAGCUGAUGAAAGAGAGGUGGCUGUGAAAAGACUGGGAGAUAUUUUUACAGGGAAUGAAGAAUUCUUGGCAGAGUUGAGCACAAUAGGAAAAAUUAACCACAUGAAUUUAGUGAGAAUGUGGGGCUUUUGUUCGGAAGGAAAACACAGACUUCUGGUCUACGAGUACAUUGAGAACUUGUCACUCAACACUCAUCUUUUCUCAUCCAAUUUCCUGGGGUGGAAAGAAAGGUUCAAAGUUGCAUUAGGGACAGCGAAAGGAUUGGCUUAUCUGCACGACGAGUGUCUAGAAUGGGUUAUCCAUUGUGAUGUAAAGCCGGAAAACAUACUACUAGAUAGUGAGUUUGAGCCAAAGAUUGCAGAUUUUGGACUGGCAAAGCUGUCGCAAAGAGGGAUGCCUAAUUCAGAAUUCUCACGAAUUCGUGGUACAAAAGGGUACAUGGCUCCUGAAUGGGCUCUAAACCUUCCCAUCACUGCAAAAGUUGAUGUAUACAGCUACGGGGUUGUAAUUUUGGAGAUCGUGAAGGGGAUAAGGCUAUCAAAUUGGGUGGUUGAUGCUGAUAAUCAAGAACCAGAAGUUGAACUGGCGAGGUUUGUCAGAGUAGUGAGGAGAAAAAUUCUCUGUGGAGAAGAAUCCUGGCUGGAGGAGACAGUUGAUCCAAGAUUACAAGGCAAUUACAGCAAAAGUCAAGCUAGAAAAUUGGUUGAGGUUGGUCUUUCAUGUGUGGAGGAAGAUAGAAACAAGAGGCCAACCAUGGCUACAGUAGUUCAGAUUCUUUUGGAUUGUGAAGAUGAUCGCCAGUGAAGAUGGAACAUGAGAUUUAGUGCACUCAAUGUAAUAGUCUGACAAUGCUCAGAAAGAAACUAGGUCUCUUUCAACAUCCUGUAAUCUUUUUUUUUUAUGUCAAUAAUGUUUUUUAUAUCAAUUGAUUUCUUAUUUACA